AUGGAGUGCUCCAUUAAUAAUAAGCUUCGCCAUCAAGUGUUCAGCAUUCCUGCAGCAAAAGAGAGAAGAUGGACUCCACAGCCACAGGAUGCAGUCUGGGUUGAUAUGAACGGGUUAGUCAAACAACAACAGAGUGCAGCAUGUGGUGGUUUAAUUAGGAACUCUGAAAGAGAUUGGUUAAUGGGCUUCAGGAAAGGUUUAGGAUGCUCUUCAAUCACUGAAACAAAACUAGAAGCCAUCCGAACAGGCUUGGAAUUGGAAGUGGCCAAACAGCUGGGAUAUGCCAAAAUCAUGGUCUAUUCUGACUCUUUAGAGGCAUGCGACCUUAUCAUGCGCAUGUGUGCAGCAGAUAAUCCCCUUCAACCGGUUAUAAAUGACACAAGGGACUUGGUUUUUAGAAAGGGGGAAGUGACGCUCCAUCACACUAGUAGGACUAUUAUUGAGUGUGCUGAUUUUUUGGCUAAGAUAGGUCAUGGUGACUACACUGAUAUAGUUUUGGUUCCAAAGGCUCCGACUAAAUGUCUAGCUAUAUUAUUGGAGGACAAAGAGGCCACAACUGCUGGAAGAUCUAAUACAGCAACUGCAUGA